AUGUAUAAUGGAACCAUCCACAGAAGAAAACUAAAAGAACAAAAAAAAAUCUCCGGAAAGAGGAAUGAAAAGGAAAAUUCGAAUAAGCGGAGAAUCGCUUCACCACCUCAUUGCACCCGGUUUGUCUUUCUUAGCACCGGCAGCCCAAAAUCAACGGCAAAGACAGAUAGAGAAGGGAAGAGGAAAAAACUUUAA